UCUCCGACUCCGAUGCAGACUCCUUCAGCCUCUCCAUCUCCCUCAGCCUCUCCGUCUCUGUCUCCAUCUUCCUCGGGCUCGGCCUCUCCUUCUCAGUCUCUCCUCAGCCUCUCCGUCUCUGUCUCUGACUCCCUCAGCCUCGGCCUCUCUGUCUCCGACUUGCUCGGCCUCAGCCUCGGCGUCUCCAUCUCCAUCUCCGUCUCCGACUACCUCAGCCUCACCCUCUCUGCCUUGGCCUUGGCUUCUUCAUCUCUGUCUCUCAGCCUCGGCCUCUCCUUUUCUGACUCGCUCGGCCUCAGCCUCAGCCUCGGCGUCUCCAUCUCUCUCUCCAUCUCCAUCUCCAACUACCUCGCCUCGGCCUUGGUGUCUCCGUCUCCAUCUCCAUCUCUAUCUCUGACUACCUCGUUCUCAUCCUCUCUUUCUCCCUUGACCUCGGGCUCUCUGUCACCCUCGGCCUCGGCCUCUCCAUCUCCCUCAGCCUCAGCCUCUCCAACUCCCUCGGCCUCUCCCUCUGCCUCUCCCUCUGCCUCUGCCGCUCCUUCUGCCUCAGCCUCUCCAUCUCCGUUUCCCUCUCUGACUCCCUCGGCCUCUCCGUCUCCCUUCUCUCGCACUCUGGCUCUCUCUGCCUCCACGGCUCCCUCUCCCUCUUCAUUGCCCUCUCUGUUUUCCCCAGCCUCGACCUCUCCGUCUCCCUCAGCUUCUGCCUUGGCCUCUCUGUCUCUGUCUCCCUCGGCCUUGGCCUCUCUG